AUGCAGAACAUCGUUUAUGGCAACAAUGUCAAAAACAUCACUGUCGAUACAAUAAUCUCAUACUUUUGGUCUCAGUUCCAAUAUGUUACAAGAGGCCUCGUGAUUUUUUACGGCGUCAGCGCUUUUGUCACUGCAGUGUGUCUGGAAAUGGGGUUUCAGGCGAUGCUGAAGACGAAUCGUAGCUUCUCCCACAAUUUUCCGGGCGUCUUUUGGUUUGUUAGGAGAUUGGAGCUCGACUUCGAUGCGAGCAAAGAUGAGAGAAGGGUUGCGGAUCCAUUGCCUAAGGAAUUCAGAGAUAUUGUUUUGAGGCAGGAACACAUCUCACGAGGAGGGUUGAAGAGAUCCACAAUACAAUGA